UUGGAUGCAAAUGGCCGUACUAGGUUCUUGAAAAGAAGAUUAAAAUGUGAAAAGUUUACGACAACGACGACAGACAACGAACAAUUUUGAUCAGAAAAGCGCAUUUGAGCCUUUGGCUCAGGUAAGCUAAAAUACAGAAACAUAUUUGUCCCCUUCUUGAACCGUUAUGUAAUGAUUCGCUCUGCAUCUGAAGUCAACAUCUAAAUAUGGAAUCAGGGGCAAAAGGUCAAAGCGGCCUUGCAAGCUAACAUCAAAGAACAAUGUUUUGGUUCCCACGAUCAAGCUGGAAUGAAAAAGAAGAAAUCGGUUUGUGGAAGGGGGAUUAGCUCAACAUACAAGAUAGACGAAACCGAAUGGCAACAUGGAUAAUCUAGUCAGUACUGAAAACGUCAAUCGCUUGAUAGAACUUAUGAAUGCUUCAAGUUUUUGUGUAGGAACACGUCGGAUGCCAACAGAGCAGACUGAACCCAAGGAAGUCGCUGAAAGCAGCACUUGGAACUAUCUCCCAAGACUGCGAGAGACCCGUGUGUAUUUCAAAGGCUGUAAUUUUUGUAAGAAGAACGGAGAACCUCGCCAAGUGUACUAUGGUCAUCAACUACGGGAUGAGUUCGGCCGUGUGACAUGUCCGGUACUAUUCCGUUACGUGUGUCCGUGGUGCGGCGCCACAGGGGAAUACGCCCACACCGUGAGUUACUGCCCCUCCAAUCCUUACCGACGGUCCACCGUGCUGACGUCACGUACUCCACGGAAAAGUUGUGGUUGUUUAAGAAACUGUCAGCAUCAUUACAACCGGAAACACUAAACGAAAGGAAUAAGAAAAGAGAAAAGUGAAUGCAUUUCAGUAAGCGUUGUCGAUAGUACAUGUUUUGUAUCAUUGAAGACAAACGAUAAACAAGGUCUUUGUUAAUUUUUUUACAGUAGUUGAUUUUUUUAGUGCUAUGUAGUUGAUUUUUUUCUUUAGUUGUUGAAAUUUGACUUUUUAAUAAUCAUAUAUACAUGUACUUAAACUGAAUCAAAUGUUAUUAAGUCUUCAAGAUUGAAUUCUGUAAAACACUUGAUUGUGUGUAAAUUAUAUUUUAUAUAACU